UUUGGCGUGAACUUUUACGCCCGUAAUGCCUGUGAGGGUAUCCAGAGCCACAAGGGAACAUAAAACUAUCUAAAUGCUGUUAAAAGGCCGGGUUUCCACUGACGCGGAGAUGUGCGGAGAAGAGCGGAGAUGUGCGGAGAAGAGCGGAGAUGUGCGGAGAAGAGCGGAGAUGUGCGGAGAAGAGCGGAGAUGUGCGGAGAAGAGCGGAGAUGUGCGGAGAAGAGCGGAGAUGUGCGGAGAUGUGCGGAGAAGAGCGGAGAUGUGCGGAGAAGAGCGGAGAUGUGCGGAGAAGAGCGGAGAUGUGCGGAGAAGAGCGGAGAUGUGCGGAGAAGAGCGGAGAUGUGCGGAGAAGAGCGGAGAUGUGCGGAGAUGUGCGGAGAUGUGCGGAGAAGUGCGGAUUUUACUAAUCAUACCGUUUGGAGAGCGAAAAACGAAGACGCUCUGUCACUCUCUCCCUCACGGUGAUUGAUCGAUUCCUGCACAUCUCUGCGUCAACGGAAAUGCAGCCUUAGUCAUGCGUUUCCUAUAUUAUUAAAUAUUUUUUAAAUGGAAAGGUGUAUGUAUAUAUAUAUAUUCAAUAGAGUAAAAAGCUAAAUAGU